AGAGAGAGAGCGAGAGAGAGAGAGAGAGAGAGAGCACAGACGAGGGAGAGAGAGAGAGAGCGAGCGAGAGAGAGAGAUGUUGCACGCUGUGUCGUGAACAUUUUAGGAGCUUGUGGAAAAAACAGGACAAAAAAAAUCAAGACGAGAAGAACGAUGAAGGGGAUGUUGUUCAAUGAGGACACAUCGAGGCAGCUGAUUUUGGGGUCCACAAUGUUCAAUGCGUUUUGCUCCGUGGCAUUCUGUGCAAGAAGAAGCAGCAGAGCCGCUCACGGCUUGCACAGCUGCUGCUGCCGGCAUGUUUGCCACUUCUCGCACUGAAGAAGGUAAUUAUUAAAACAAAAAAAAAGAAAGAAAGAGAGAGUUGUUGGAUUUUUUUUCCUGCUUUCUUCUGCCAUUUACCUCUGUUUUGAUGGUGCUCAGGGCUGCUGCAUGCAUGACGAUGAUGCAUUGAAUUUUUCAUGUAAGCCUCGUUUUUCCUCAUCUUGCGACAAAUAGAAGAAGAAAAAAAUGCUUUAUUUCGACGCCAAGUGAGAGGAUGUGAGUGUCAUUGCUGCAGUACGCUGGCGAGCUCUCAGGCUCAAGGCGGGAACAACUCACCUCAGCUGAAGCUUCAGGAGCCCGUGUGCAUGUAUGUGGGCCCCAUACCCAACAGGAACACUCCUCAAAAUCUGCAAUCAAGCAUCUUCGGGUUUUCUAAACUGGACUGCUGCCCUCAUGCAUCUUGUGAGAGUGAAAACUCUAACUAGAACCUUCUGCCAGGUUUUCAUCAGUAGACAGGAGACGGAGCAGACGGCAGCUCUGCAUGUGUCAUGUUAGAGACUGGACUCUUGCCUGCACCCCCUCCCCCUGUAACUCUCAGCCAAAAUCUUUAACCUGGGCCCACUGGACGCAGACCUUAUUAGGAGGAGCUACGCCGCACAUACACACAAGCAGCACCUCUCAAUCAAUUUGACAUUUGUACCAAGUUGUGAAAAAAGGUUUCACCCCCUUAGUCAACCCCCCCGGAAACCAGGGUCAGGAUGCAGGUGUCCUUUGCCUGCACCGAGCACAACCUCAAGAGUCGCAGCGAAGACCGCCUUUGUGGCCUCCGUACCGCUCCGCCCCCAGGAGGCAGCAGUGGAGGAGUAGGAGGAGGUGGUGGAGGUGGCGGUGGUGGCAGUGGAGGUGGUAGUGGUGGUGGAUCAGGUGGAGGAGGUGGCGGAGGAGGUGGAGGAGGGAGUGGACAAGGCAGUAAUGGCAACUACAUGUCCCAAGGAUCGGUCAAGACCAGGGAGGGCCCCGGGUCCCGCCAGGGCCACGCGCACAUGAAGGAAGCCAUUGGGCGCCACACCAGUAUGAAGUACAGGAACCUCGGGAAGUCGGGGCUACGUGUUUCCUGCCUCGGGUUGGGCACCUGGGUGACGUUUGGAUCACAAAUAUCUGACGAGAUGGCGGAGAACCUGAUGACCUUAGCCUACGAGAACGGGGUCAACCUGUUUGACACCGCAGAGGUUUAUGCAUCUGGAAGAGCAGAGAUCACUCUGGGGAAUAUAAUUAAGAAAAAAGGAUGGAGACGCUCAAGUUUUGUCAUCACAACAAAGAUCUACUGGGGCGGCCAAGCAGAGACCGAGCGAGGGCUCUCCAGAAAGCACAUCAUUGAAGGUUUAAGAGGAUCCUUAUCAAGACUGCAGCUAGAUUACGUGGACAUCGUUUUUGCUAAUAGAAAUGACGUCAACAGUCCGAUGGAAGAGAUCGUGCGUGCCAUGACGUUUGUGAUAAAUCAGGGCAUGGCAAUGUACUGGGGCACCUCACGCUGGAGCGCCAUGGAGAUCAUGGAGGCCUACUCAGUGGCCCGCCAGUUCAACCUGAUACCACCUGUGUGUGAGCAGGCGGAGUACCACUACUUCCAGAGGGAUAAAGUCGAGGUGCAGCUUCCUGAGCUCUACCACAAGAUUGGUGUUGGAGCAAUGACAUGGUCUCCGCUGGCCUGUGGAUUAAUCACUGGGAAGUACAGCGACGGAGUACCAGAGUGCUCCAGAGCAGCAAUGAAGGGAUACCAGUGGCUUAGAGAGCGUGUGAACAGCGAGGAGGGGCGCAGGCAGCUGGCUAAAAUCAAGGAGCUCCACCUACUGGCAGACAGGCUGGGAUGCACUGCUGCACAGUUGGCCAUCGCCUGGUGUCUUCGUAGUGAGGGAGUCAGCUCAGUGCUUCUGGGCGUUUCAAACACAGAUCAGCUACUGGAGAACCUUGGUGCCCUCCAGAUUUUAUCCCAAAUGACCCCACAAACCGUCAGCGAGAUGGACGCCGUGCUGGGGAACAAGCCACACUUGAAGAAGGAGUCUCGCGCUUGAGCAUCUCCGAAACAAUGACGACGGGCUUUGGGAAGCACUGCUUUUUCUCUGCUGUAUACUCAACAACUUGCAUGUUCUCAGCAACAUUACGCUUCCAGAAUGAGCGCAUCGAGCACUGUGCGCAAUACAUUGUAUCAUGUAUGGAUUAAAAAAAAAAACUCAACAUAUUCACGCUCAGUGACAGUGAUAACUAUGUGCACGGUAGAGGAGGCCUAAGACUAAAGCGGCUGCUUGCAAAAAGCAAAUAUGGACUUUUGCUAAGAAAAAGAGGAAGAUGACAACAUUGUCUCGGUGCUAAAAUGCAACUUGACUGUGUUAGUGGUGCGUUCACUGCACGUGGGAGUCUCCAACCCCCUUCACUGCCCGAACUCUAGUAGCAGCAGCAGCAGUAAGAAGGGUCAAAGGUUACUAGUCAUGUGUCGAGCCCAAUAUUUGCCAUAGUGUGCAUGUGACUGGUCUGGCGCUGCUUUGCCAACUUGGGAACAGCGGAUCACUUGUGAAGCUAAAAAAAAAAAAAAAAUCACAUGCUUUUUAGAACUAGGCAGACGACUGAAUGCAUUUCAAAAGAAGUAGCUGAGAGAUGACGAGCAUUUUCAUGCAUUUUGCUCUUAUUUUAAUUAAGUAGAGCGUGGGCGUCACGAUCUUAUUUCCCAAACCCGCUGCUGUCUCAGCAGCGUCUUUUUGUUGCUCCCUCUGUCCCUAAACUGUGCGCAUGUCCCUUUAAGCGAGGAAACGCCCCCCACCCCCAAAUGUGGCAUGGCUUUAAAUGGUAAGUAGAUUUGCAGUGCCCUUGUAAGACUGGUUUUACGGUAAAUGAUGCGGUGGUUUCAACUUUGAAGAAUAGUGAAGUGACAAUUAGAGCGCAUGGACCGAUCACAUGGGGGAGAUUUAGCAAAUGUUUGUUUGUUUGUUUUUUAAAUAUGGAAGCUUUUCAUAGCUUCUAUGAUCAUCUCUCUGGGAAUUCUCUGUGUUGUCGUUCCCUAGUUUAUGAGCUUUUAAUACUGUCGGGUUUUUUUCCACGCCUUUUUUCCUUUAGUUUUGGGAGUGGGAGGAGCCACGUUGCUUUAGUCGUUUCCCAUGCGAACACCUACCACUGCUCUCUUGGGCGUGGGAGUGUUUUGAUGACAUGUUUACUUUGGCACACAAUUCAAAGUGUAUAUAUUUUGUCAGGCAGACAUGCAGCACUGUCAAUGGGUUCAUUUAGCAAACGUGAAGGACUUCCCCUCUGUUACUCUGUGAUCUGAGUGUUGCGUCCAGUGUACAUGAACUAUUCAAUCCAACCUAUGAAAAUGUAAACUUUGCCUGCAUAACUUCUAUUUUACUGUCUUGCAACGAAGGGAACGUGUGAAAAGAGGCAACAAUCCAUGCUGAAUGUACCAUGUCUGUUGCUGCGUCGAAACGGAAAGCACAUUACACGACUUAAAGGGAGCUUCUCUCUGA